AUGUACCAAAAUUCCGGUAAGGGAACUGAAAAGGUAAAUGAACUAACCAAUGAUGGAAAAGAAGACGAAAGCGGAGAGGAAAAAGAUAAAGAAACACCUUAUGUGCCUCCGCCACCAUACAAACCACCUAUACCUUAUCCCCGAAGACUUGUUAAGUCCAAAAAUAAAGGACAAUUCAAGAAAUUUGUAGAACUUCUGAAGCAACUUAAUAUCACUAUACUAUUCACAGAAGCCAUUACGCAAAUUCCUUCAUAUGCUAAGUUUCUUAAAGAGAUUCUAUCCAAUAAGAAAAAGCUUGUGGAUGAUGAAACUGUUAUGCUUACUGUCGAGUGUAGUGCUAUUAUUCAAAACAACAUGCCUUCUAAACUGAAAGACCCAGGUAGUUUUUCCAUACCAUGUGUAAUCGGAAGUUAUAUCAUAGACAAAACUCUAUGCGAUUUAGGAGACAGUGUUAGUUUAAUGCCCUUAUCCACAUGCGAAAAACUCAAUCUAGGAGAAUUAAGACAAACAAAUAUGUCUCUACAACUAGCUGACCAUUCUGUUAAAUUUCCAAUAGGUAUGCUAGAGAAAGUUCCCGUUCGUAUAGGACAAUUCUAUAUCCAUACCGACUUUGUAAUAAUGGAUAUAAAGGAGGAUUCCCACAUCCCUAUUAUUUUAGGAAGACCCUUUUUAGCCAUAGCCGGAGCCAUCAUACAUGUGAAGAAAGGUAGGCUAAAAUUCGAAGUUGGAGAAGAAAAAGUUGAAUUUCUCUUAGCUAAAUUCCUACAAGCACCAGCUAUAGACGACUCAUGUUGUUUCUUAGGAGUCAUCGACGAAUGUGUGAAAGAAAUGGAGAAGGAACCAUCUAAGUAUACUGAAGUGCUGAAGAUUCCAGCACCUCCUAUAUUCAAAGACGAUAAUUGGCGUGAGCCAUGCGUAGAUGAUAUUCUGAGAGAAUGUCUAGCACUAACACCAAAUACAAUGCCAUUCCCAAAGAAACCUUCAAUAGAACUCAAAACACUACCCAAAGAUCUAAGGUAUGAACUUUUAGACACCGAGCUUGAAAGACCAGUUACAGUCAAUGCUGACUUAGGACAGAUAGAAACCGAAAAAUUACUUCAUGUCUUAAGAAAAUAUCAAACAGCUCUAGGCUAUAACAUCUCCAACUUAAAAGGAAUAAGUCCCUCUAUAUGUAUGCAUCGCAUUAUGCUAAAGGAUAACUGUAAAACCUCUAGAGAGCAUCAGAGAAGAGUAAAUCCUAUCUUGAGUGAUGUAGUAAAAAAUGAGGUAUAA